UUUAUUUUAAGUUUUAAUGGUGAACUGCGUCUCGUCUGUCUACAUUUAAUGCUCGAACUACGCACCAGAGCCUUCUCUUACCAAAUUCUCUCCACUUUCUGUCUCUCAGAAUCUCUGCAACUGACCUUUUUCUUCCCCGGAACCUCGCCAUUUCCCUCUGUUGCCUUUUAUUCCCCUCCGAAACCCUAACCCUAAUUCAAUCAAAACUUUGGGGCGUUAUUUAGCAGGGCCUCUCGACGGAUCGACCGAGACACUGCAGAUCUUUCCUACCUACCAUUCGUUUUACUGGAGAAAUUUACUGUAAAGACUGUUAAUCCUGUUUACAAAUAGAAGGGCUUUAUCUUUGUUCAACUGCAGAAGAAAUCAUGUUGAUAUCAGCAUUUUAAUCACUGCUUGAGAAAAUGGGGAUCGAGAAACAAAGUUCGAAGAAUGGAGGAGGCUAUGUUGGUGGCUUUCUUCAAUUGUUUGACUGGAAUGGGAAGUCCAGGAAGAAGUUGUUCUCUAACAAGUCUGAUAUACCAGAGAGAUUAAAACAAGGAAAGAAAAGUGAAGGGAAUUUGCCGAUGACAUGGCUUCAUCUGGCUGAGGAUGAUGAUAUUGGAGGAGGGUCAAGUAUAAAAGGAAGUAGUGAUUAUAGUUGUGCUUCAUCAGUCACUGAUGAAGAAGGCUAUGGAACCAGGGCCCCUGGGGUAGUAGCUAGACUCAUGGGAUUGGAUUCCUUGCCAACUUCUAAUGUUGCAGAUCCCUAUUCUACACCAUUUUAUGAUGCCCGGUCCCUUCGGGAUUCUCACUGCCACAAGAAAACUCUUGAAUUUCACAAUGAGCAUGGAAUUUUGCAUUCUGGGGACAUGUCCAAUAAAAUGGGCAGUUUUUGUAGGAAUCCUGUGGAAUCAAGACCUCAAAAGAUGGCCAACAGGCCUAUUGAGAGGUUUCAAACCGAAACACUGCCUCCAAAAUCCGCUAAAUCCAUUCCGAUUACCCACCAUAAGCUUUUGUCUCCUAUCAAGAGCCCUGGAUUAAUACCAAUUAAGAAUGCAGCUCACAUAAUGGAGGCAGCUGCAAAGAUUAUUGAGCCAGGGCCUCAACUUACAAUUAGAGGCAAAAUGCCAUCACUUGGCUCUACUUCAGUGCCCUUGAAAGUUCGGGAUUUUAAGGAGAAACUGGAAGCUGCUCAAAGACGACCCUCUAGGCUUCCUGAAGCAUCUCAAAGAGCUGUUGAACCUAAUGCCAUUAAGUAUCUCAAGGGACAGUCUCUGAACAAGAGCUGGAAUGGAACAGAAGAUACACCACAGUUCAGGGCUUCUUCAGAUUCAGAUGAAAAUAAUUCUUCUGGCCCGAAGAAUAAAGGGAAAUCCAUUUCACUUGCUAUCCAAGCGAAGGUCAAUGUUCAGAGAAGAGAGGGUCUGGUCUCAAGUAAUAAUAGGGUUUUGUCAAGCCAGAAGGAGCAACUUGAUGUUAAAUCAAACCAGAAAUUGAAGAACCAGCCAAAUGCUCAAAGGAAUGUCCAGAGGAAAUCUUCUAUGCAAAAUGCAUCUGGAGUCCUCAGGCAGAAUAACCAAAAACAGAAUUGCAGAACUAAUAAGGACAAGGUCCCUUCAAAGCCUUCAGGUAAUAAUCAACAAGGUAGAAAAGAUCUUUCUGGAGAUACUUCUUUUGGACGAAAUAAAACGUUAAAUAAGGCUGGAGGGCACUCCAAAGCUGGAUCUAGGAAGACCAGCUUAGAGGCUACUGGCAUUGAAAAGGAGGUUCCAUCAUCCAGAACAAAUAGUUUUCGUCGAAAGAAAAGAUCCAUUAAUGGGGAUUUCCACAUUGAGAAGAAUGGGGUUAUUAGUACUGUAUCAGUUGAUGAAGAUAAGAAACCUAUCCAGUCCAAUGCAGCAAGAGAUGGACACCCAAAGUGGAUGGAAGAUAAUAGUAGGAAUGGCAUGGAUGUAGUUUCAUUCACAUUCACCUCUCCCAUGAUAAAAUCUAUUCCAGGAUCACACUCCUCUUGUCAGAUUGUAGAAAAUAGUAGUAGCUCUUCUUUAGAUUCUCAUAGUAAAAAUCUCCCUGCUGAAGCAAAAAGUUCCAAAUUGCCUUCCCUUGGUUUAAAUGUGAUAGGAGGUGAUGCCUUGAGUAUUCUUUUGGAAAAGAAGCUGAGGGAACUGACAUAUGGAAUUGAGUCUUCUUGUUGUAACAUGGUCAAAGAAGGAACUGUUUCUAGUUCUGCAUCUAUGCUGCAAGAUCUGGUGUCUGCUCUAAGUGCAAUAGGCACCACUUCAAGAGAAGCCAACAAGGUUUCCCAACUUGGGCUCCACACAGACAAUUUUGGUAGCAUGUAUGAUGCUACUUGCUCACCAACUGAUGCUCAGAUGCUUAAGAUGAACCAUAGCGUCCAGGGAAGGGAAGUUGUCUUUGAGUGUAGCAGUAGUAACAAUGAAAUGAAAAAAGAAUUAGAUUGUCGACAUCCUAGUCCAGUUUCCGUUCUUGAGCCUUCCUUCUCGAAUGAAAGUUGCAAUUCUUCAGGCAGUGGAGACAGUGACAAUUCCAACGGCAACAUGCAGAGCUCAUCUGUUCAAGGUCAGGAGGUAGUUAGUAUGACAUCAUCAAGGGUGUCUCAAUCAGGGGAAUCUGAGACAGAAUUCUCUGAUUCAGCAUCUUCCACAUGUACUGAGACAAUAGGUGGAAAACAUGUAACUAAAUUAAGUGUGCCAAAUAACACAAGUUCAACCAAGUGGGAACUGGAAUAUGUGAGGGAAAUAUUGUCUAAUGCAGAAUUGAUGUUCAGGGACUUCACAUUAGGUCGCUCUCGUGAGAUCAUAAACCCUCAUCUAUUUGACCAGCUGGAAAGUCAGAAAACUGGGUUGAGAAAUGUGCGGGAGAAGGAUUUUAGGCUAAGGCGGAAAAUAGUGUUUGACUGCACCAGUGAGUGCCUGGACUUGAGAUGCAGGCGAUAUACUGGUGGGAGCUCCAGAACAUGGGCCAAAGGGGUGGCUAUGGUGAGAAGAAAGGGAUGGUUGGCUGAAGAAGUGUACAAGGAGAUUUCCGGGUGGAGAAGCAUGGGAGAUUGGAUGGUUGAUGAACUUGUAGACAAGGAUAUGAGUAGCCAAUAUGGAAGGUGGCUUGAUUUUGACAUCGAGACAUUUGAAUUAGGUGUUGAGAUUGAGAAGCAGAUUUUAAGUUCGUUGGUUAAUGAAGUGGUUGCUGAUAUCAUGUUGAUUUGAGAUGGGUUGUGUUCAUCAAUCAAUACACUAGAUACACGGACCUUGGUCUUCUAUAUCUGUUACAGUUGAGAGGCCCUUGUAUUGUAUCUGCUUUUUUUUUUUUAUUAUUCCUAGAAUCACAGGAAAGCUGGGAAAAAAGUUUAAUUGAUUCAGAGAUUGAAGCCAGCAUUUGCAUUGUAUCUAGUGUAUCUCUGUUGUUUUGAUUUUGAUCAUUACUUGAAACAGGAAACCUAUUUUUUCCAACCAUGUAAUCAAUAGAAUAGAGUAUUGAUAUACCACCAUAUUGUAUUAAAUU